UGUUGAGACGAGGAAGACGCAGAGAAAUACCGGAUGAGGUUAGUCACACUUCGGCGAAUCUUGGGGAUUUAGAGCAGAAAAUGGGCGGCGGCGCCUGGGAAACUGUUAUUAUAAUCCUAACACUGCUUUCCCUGGUGAUUCUUACGUGUAAUGCAGUAUUGUAACACUGAAUCAUGUGCAUUUUCACGAAUAGCAAAUGCCAUUGUAAAGAUUGCAUAAUAUGCUCGUUGAUAAAACCCAGGAGACACCUCUCGAGAAUCUUCUGCAAGUGAACAUCAGUUAGAGCGGACAGUAGUAAAAGAAGAAAAACGUGCAUAGCCAUCAGCUAAAUCUGGAAAAAAAAGUGUUAAAGUGCCUUAAAACCAAGCCCAAAAAAGAGGGUCCUUCACGAGGGUCAAGGUCACGCCAGGGCGCCAGAGCGGUCGUUACCGAAGGAGCCAAAGGGCGUCCAGUUUCGGGGGGAACCGCUUCUUGCCUCGCUUCGCCCGUUUCUCCCGCAGCGCCGGAGUUCCUCUCGGCCGCCGCGUCCAGCCCGCCGCCAGUCUCCCGGUGCCGCUGUCACACGCCGGUUACUCGUGUCGUUUCUCACUGGCGCGGCGAUUCCCCUGGCGUGGUGGUCGGUUCCUCCAGCCCAGUGGAUUUAUAAAACUUACCGUGUAGGUUGACAGAGGUAAGGAUCCUAAAAGAUGGAGUUGUGGUUGUUGGUGCUGGCAGCCACGACGGCGGCGGCGCAGGACAACUACAACCCCUUCCUUCGCGGCCUCAUGUCUGGCUUGAGUGACAUGCCAGUCAUUGGGAACGUCCUCCGGGCAUCGGUCCACCCUCUUUACCAGCCCCUCGUUAACCCUAUACUGCCCAGGAUUAACAGCAGUGAGUUGGAAGGAGAAGGAGAGGACGAGGUGAACGAGCACUGCUUCGGCGAGCUCGGCUGCAUCACGACCGACAGCGACUUCUUCCACCCGAUCCACCGGCCAGUCAACCUUCCACCUUACCCUCGCGAGCAGAUCAACGUCCUCUUCACCGUCCACACGAGGGAGGACAAGGAGGGCACAGUGGUGGAAGCGCUCGACCUCCGCAAGAUCGCCAACACCACCUUCAGGCCGGAGAGGAAGACCAAAAUCCUCAUCCACGGGUUCUUGGACGGGAGCUUCGUCACGUGGAUGCUGGACAUGGUACGCAACCUGCUGGCCUACGACGACUAUAACGUGGUCACCGUGGACUGGUCUGGCGGGUCGCGCGCCCUCUACUCGCAGGCCACCGCCAACACGCGCGUGGUCGGUCUUGAGGUCGCGCAUCUUGUCAACUCUCUGAACAGCACCAUGGGACUUCACCCGCAGGACGUCCAUAUCAUAGGACACUCACUGGGGUCCCACACUGCAGGGUACGCGGGCGAGCAGGUGCCGGGCUUAGGCAGGAUCACGGGGCUGGAUCCGGCUGAGCCCUUCUUCCAGUACCUUCCGACCCGCGUCCGCCUCGAUCCGUCGGACGCUCUCUUCGUCGACGUGAUCCACACUGACAUGGAUUCCAUUUUCAGUCUCGGCUACGGGCUGGAGCAGCAAGUCGGGCACCUGGAUUUCUACCCGAACGGCGGCCGACAACAGCCCGGCUGCGACUCCCUCAGCCGCAUCCCACUCACGGCGCUCACCGACGGCAAGGAUUUCCUCGAGGGCCUGGACGCAGCACAGAAAGAGUUCAUCGCCUGCAGCCACAAUAGAGCUCCGAAGCUCUUCACCGACUCUAUCCUCUCGACCUGUCCUUACCUGGCUUUCGAGUGCUCCUCUUAUGACAGUUAUAUGGCGGGGAAAUGUCACAACUGUGGUGAAGAGGGCGCUCGCUGUGCGCCCAUGGGCCUCCACGCAGACUCAUGGCAAGGGAACAUAAGCAAUCCUGUGAAGGUCUACGUCUCCACAACUACUGGACCUCAUUAUUGCGUGUACCACUACCUAGUGAAGGUGCAGUUGGCGGCUCCCAAAAGCUUUCAAGGGAGCUUACGGGGUCGUCUCGCUCUCUCCCUCAUCACCGAAGAUGGUAAACUGAGAGAUUUUGCCCUCACGCCACGGUCAGCUGAAACCUACGAGCGCGGCGGGACCUACACGUUCUUCGUCAGCCACACCGAAGACUUGAGCUCCUCGCAGGACGCCCUUGUUCACUGGACGUAUGAGGCGAACAUGUUUAAUCCACUCAGCUACUGCGUCCUCUUCUGCGAUAGUACCCUGCCUCUCGCCUACGUCUCUGUCACCACCUUGGAGGGCGCUGGUACUAGAUUUCGAGAGUCUGGGAAGAGUGGCAGAUCCCCCGAGGUCGUGAUGUGCCACAGACAAGGCGAAGACAUGAUCCUGGUGAACAGCGAGGAGUCCGUGAAGAUCGUCGCCUCCCCCUCCUGCCUCAACAUCAAGCUUCAUGAGACCAAGCCUGACUUCGCUAACCAGACCCUUGACCUCAUCAACGCUGGGAUCUCCGGCAUCACCUCGCUGUUCUCAUGAGAUACUGAGGACGUCUUGUUAUUCUUUUGUUAUAGUUAAGGAGCACCUGUCAUUUGUUAGAAGCAAUGUGAGGUCAUUUUCGCGAGUUCCAUUGUAUCAUCCAUCUCAUUUCCCAUUUAUGCAUUUUGUACAGAAAAGUUAUGAAUAAAAUUAUUGUUCAAGA